AUGGUCUUGGCCAGGCUGCAAGCCAAGUGUGCCAAGCAGGAGCCUGCUGCGGCAUCGACGGCAGAAGCUGCGGACCCCAAAGCAGUUUCGAAAAAUAAGAAGCCCAAGAAAGGUGUCCAGAAGGAUAUUGAGGAGAAGAUGCUUCCCGAGAAGGUUCUGGAUAGCCUUCGGACCUUGAUACCUUCGGAGCCCGCAAAGCCGUUCCUGCCCAGUGUACAGUUGCUCGGUUGCAUUUUCAAUAGUGUUGUGUGGGCCAAAGAUGAUGAGGGCGGUGCUGCAAAUGGACCCGGCGAUGGCGAUGAGGAGGAUCCUGACGGGCAUAAGAAGGCCAAAGCCUCCAAAAAGCCCAAAGCGAAGAAGGCCCAGGACUCCAAGAAUUGCACAGCUUCAAAGGUUCAGGCGAAGAAGGACCCCAAGAAGGAGAAACAAGAUCCCAGCACAGAUAAGAAGGGCGAGGAAACCGAGGCCAUGCAGCGCAUGAAGAGGACGAUGACGGCGGAUUGUGCAUAUGUGCCUGGAUCCUACAAAGAAGCUCGCUUAAGGUUUAUUGCAAGGAAGCGCGACCGGGGCUUCUCAUGGAAGGAAGCUUGUCAAAAGUGGAAUCAGAGCUCUGCAAGGGCUUCCUGGCUGGAAGGCUUAUCGCAGAACGAAUUGAAGCGACGACGCUUCAUUUAG